AUGAAGAUGACCUCGCAACUGCUGCGGGCACAGAAGCCGCGCGUUUUGGUGGUCGGAGGCGGCCCUGUUGGCCUCGCCACUGCCUUCAUGCUCGAAAAGCUCUACAACGUGCCCACCCGCGUGGUGGAGCGCCAGCGCAGCCCCACGUCGCACCCGCAGGCGCAUUUCAUCAACCUCCGCACCAUGGAGGUGCUCUACGCUACAAUGCCCGAGUUCCACGACCGACUGUUGGCUCAGGCGGCGCCUAGCGUUCUGUGGCGCGACUACAUUUACUGCACUGGAGUAGGCAAGGCUCGGGAGAUCGCGCGUAUCGAUCAGUUCGGCCCCUGCAUCCCACGCGAUACAAUCGAACAGGCCACAGCUAAUGGUGACAGUCUGCGCAAGUCCUUGGCGGCACUUUCGCCUACGCAGUUUCUGCAUUUCCCGCAGAACCGCUUCGAGACGAUGUUGGACGAGUUCCUGGCCGAGAACAAUGUGCGUGUAGAACGUGGGGUCGAACUUGAGAGCCUGAAGUUGCCGUCCGAUAGAGAAGCUACAGCACAACCUGAGGUCACGCUGCGUCACUUAGAUACCAACACACUUGAGGAAGCGUCAUAUGACUAUGUUGUGGGAGCCGAUGGAGCACACAGUUUAGUGCGCCAGCUCUGCGGAAUUGACAUGGUUGGAACGCGCAAUCUACAGAGCAUCGCGAACGUGCACUUUACCAGCAAGGCGCUAUCGGAAGCUGCGCGCGAGAACCCAGCAAUGCUGUACUUCGUGUUCAACAAGGAUAUUGUUGGUAUCUUGAUCGCCCACGACCUGAACAAAGGCGAGUGGGUGUUCCAGAUCCCAUUCUUCCCCCCGCAAGAGUCGAUCCCCUGGGACUUUUCUACGGCCCAAUGCAAGGAGAUCGUCCGCCAUGUUCUUCCCAAGAACGUGAAGGUUAGCGACGAAGACAUCAACAUUCUGUCGGCUGGUCAAUGGAGAAUGGGGGCACGCGUGGCUAAGCAAUACGAUGCAGGCAAGCAGCGCGUGUUCCUUGUUGGCGACGCAGCGCACCAGUUCCCUCCUGCAGGUGGGUUCGGCAUGAACACGGGGCUACAGGACGCUCACAAUCUGGUCUGGAAACUUGCGCUGUCAAUCCAAGCGAAAGAUGCAAAGUCGGCUACCAACGGCGAACUUGACACCCCAGCUCUGUUGCACUCGUACGGACGUGAGCGCCAGCUGAUUGCCAAAACAAACACCCAGUUCAGUCUGAGCAACGUGGCUCGAACUAUGAAGAUUCCGCGAGCACUCAAUGUUUCCCACGACAAUGCCCAGACGCUGGCAAAGUUUAUCAACUCGGCGCCGAUGCAACUCCUUCCUCUAAGUGCCCAGCGCGAGAUUGCGCAGCGUAUCAUGCGCGUUGGUAAGCUGCCUCUGGGCUUGCUGGAUGAAGCGAAGGACGCUGGCGGACCGGGAAGCGCACUGGGUAACCGUAUGCGCGCCAGCGUUCAAGACAUCGUGACGAAGCGGAAGACGCUUGGCAUGAUGUUUUACCACUUCGACAUCGGUUUUUCCUACGACGCGCCUUUGUGGGCAUCCCGCGCGAAAAAACUCAUGGAAGACCCAGCGCUGGACCAGUCCGUGGAGUUCCGUACCAAGAUUGGCGAUGGCGAGAGCAUCAUUUACUCGCCCACCUUCCGCGUUGGCGAGCGCUUCCCGCACUUUUGCUCGUGCUCGUCUGCGAUUUCUCCGGCGGUCGCGAAGCACGUGUCCCUCGUUGUGUUGCGUUCGAGUGCUGACGUUGUUGAAGAUGAGAGCGACAACAAGGCGUGGAGCUGCUUCAUGGACAGCAUGGCCGCCGCUCUUGUGCGCCCAGACGGCCAUGUUGGUGCACUGUGGAAGGUUGAAGACCUUGACAGCUUCAACGGCGCAGCUCUCACGCAGUCGAUGCAGCAUUCCGUCCAGCUCAGCUAA